AUGUACAGUAGAGAUAUUAAAAGUCCAGUCUGGUUCAGUCCAGUUUUGGAACCGCAAAGUUUGGGAGCUGGACAAACUGAACUGCAGUCCCAAAUCAGUUCUGAACCUGGUUCAAGAACCGAGUUUAGAACUGCAGUCCCAGACUGGAUCCUCAGACUGCGAGAUGAAAAGACUGCUAAAGAACCGGGUCCUUGGUUUCUUGGGACGAACCAGUUAGAGUUUGAUCCUGGACUCGGUCCAGAUCUG